GCCAAACGGAUGGCAAUUAAUCGCCUCUGGCAUUUAAAGAUUUUUCAAACAAUUCAAAUUUCAAAGUUUCAAACUGCGAUUGCGGAUUAGUCGUUAGUGCAAUAGACGAUUACGGUACUCUUUCGGCUUCUUUCAGUAGUUUCGUGAAUUACAUAUUUACAUUCGAAUAAUUGUAUGUCGAGAUGGUGUACUUACACUUUCCAACGAAUCUGACAGAAGAAGAACUCAUGCUGCAAAACAAGUAUCAAAAAUUAAGAAAAAAGAAAAAAGCAUUGCAAGUGCAAAAAACACCUCGACCUGAACCUGAGCCUUCACCUGUACUCAAUCCCAAAAGGCCCAAAGAAACAGCUCGCGACGCAAGGGAAAUAGCGAAAAAACUAUUGAAGUCUGGUGCUAUAGGACCGAUAAAAAAAGUACCCAAUCGUACAGAUCAGGAAUCAUUUAAGAGACCUUGUGGAAUGGAACGCAAACUGUUGAUUACUACUCAGGCUUUAAGUAGCUAUCAACCUUUUUCGGCAGCUUCACCAGUCAUCAAAACAACUGAAGUCAUUCCCGAUAGCACUCCAAAAGCAACCUCGACUGCUAAAUUCACUAAUUUGUAUAGUAGUUUUGUUUCUUCCACUUCUAAAACCACUCCACCAGCUCCGAGUUCACCAGAACCAGUUCCCGAACAACCCACUCGUAAGGACAUUACUAUAUUUGUUGGAGGAAGUAGUUCAAUGACUGAAGAAUUUUUAAGAUCUACAUUUAGUAAAUUUGGUACAAUAAUUAAUAUAACGAUGGAAAUAGAAAAAAAUCGAGGGUUCAUCACUUUCAACUCCCCAGACACUGCUGACAAAGCAGUAGCUCAAAUGAACACCACCACAGUCUCUGGUAUUAAAUUAAAAGUUUCUAUUUCACGAAAUCAGCCUAUUGAAUUUGGCGAUAAAGGAAUUAAUUCGUGGAAUGCUAUUGCUACUAAUAAAUCACAAAAAGGAAAUCAACGAGAUGAUCGUUCACUGGUGACAUACGAUGAUUUAUUUUAAAAAGUUGUUUUUAUUUAUUUAAAUUUUUAUUAUAUAAUUCAUUUUUUUUUUAUCAUAG